ACAUCAAUCAGUUCAAGUUUGGCUGCAAAAAAAAAAAAAAACCAAAAAAUAUAAAUAAAAGGGAAAUAGGAAAAUAUAAAAAAGAAAAUUGACCCAAAUUCUGAGCAAACAUAAAUCGUUUUCCACUAGCCAAAUUCGCAGUUCCAUCAUUCGUGACUCUUCCAUGUUUAUGAUAGUUUGAAAUAGCCUAAUAUGACGCGCUUCUGGCCAUUGAUUUUCUCAUGCUCCCGUUCGGCUUCCGGAAUUUUCUCGCACUUCUUGAGUGACCAAAAUGGUGAAAAUUGGCCAUGGUCUUCUGCACUCCAUGCCGCCUCUACAUUUGAGGAGGAUCAAAAAACCAAUAGGCGCAAGCGUUUAAGUCCUCAUCGGGAUUCCUUUCGUGAUUAUACCAUCAUGCAGUAUGAAAAUCGACUGAGACUGCACGCCCAUCCCACCAAGAUUUUCCGCUACUUUGCCACCAUUAAAAUGAAGAAUAAAUCUGGUAAAUGGGAACUAUACAUGACUCCCAGCGACUUCCUAAGAUCCAUUCAACCCGGAUUGACGCAACCAGAGAACUUGGGCCUGGACAAAUUCCAUAUUCUGGAUGAGCAGGCGGCCAAAAAAUGGAUACCGGAAGUUAAAGAUGAUAGCAUCUUUCUAAAGAUCGAGGAUCGGGGCUUGCUGACCUACAGUGACUAUGUGCUCCUGACCAUCCUGCUCUCCAUUCCGGAGCGAAAUGUACGGAUUGGCUUCAAGCUGUUUGAUUUGAAUGGUGAUGGCGACGUGACCAUCGAUGAACUGGACACAGUCUUCAUGGCAAUGACGCAGGGUGAAGUCUCCAUGAUGAAUUCCCACUUGAAGAGUCACUUCUUCGGACAUCGACUCAAUAAGACCCUGAGCAUUGAGGAAUUCCUGGAGUUUCUACACGCCCUGCACAUCGAGAUACAUACGGAGCAGUUUCAGAAUCUCUUGAAGGAGUCCAGUUCGGUGAUCUCUGAAGUGGACUUCGCCAAGGUGGUCCUGGGACUCAGGAAGUCACGAAGCGAACGUCGUGAAAUCCUCAAGCGGGUCAAGAACAAGUUUGGCAAGAUGGACCGUGGAAUUACUUUGGAGGAGUUCUUGGCCUUCUUUCGGUUUGUCCAGGAUGUGAGUAUAAUGGAUAACGCCCUCGCAUUUUACUAUUUCACCGGGGCGGAUAUCUCACCGAAAACUAUGCGGCACAUUGCGUACGUAGUGUCCGGCGUAAAACUCUCGCAGCAUCUCACGGAUGUGAUUUUCUGCAUCUUCGAUCGGAAUAACGACAACAUUAUCCAGCGAAAGGAAUUCACAGAUAUGAGGCGACAGUGGAUGCAUCCCAUACCGUUGCGAAAAAAUCCGGAGCUCUUAUCCAAGAUGUGUAUCGUGUGCAAGUGCACCUGGAAAAUGCUGUCAACCUGGGAACUUAGAAAACCUCAUCCUAGAUACUUGCCCCUCUGGUGAUUUCCUUUGGGACUAAACGCUUUUAGUUGACUGACAAAGGUACACUGCGACAAAUGGCACUGUGAAUUUAUUAUUUAUUAAAAUUUAUAAAUCCAUCUGAUUACUUUAUUGAUUACUAUGAGUAUGUAAAAAGAAGUAUGCAUGAAUGGCAUAAUGUCACCUGACAUGUCAAAGCUUUUAAUCAGCUUUCUCUCUCAAUGAUUUGAACAAAAGCGCGGAUACCUACAAUUGACUUAGUCCUGCAGGGAGGGACGAUGGGGUCCUGGCUCAGAAAAGCGCAGUCUGUUUGCUCUGGUCUUGAAACGUUUCAACUUCACAAGCCGCCAAGUUGAACGAGUUGAAAAAUGAAGCGAGUCUACGGGACGAAAUCCAUUUUGUUGCUCCGACACUCGAGUUGCGUGCGAGCGAUGGGAAAAUUCAAAUAUAAAGCAGAUUCAGCACCUCCACGACCCUCCAAACCAAAACCAAGCCCGACGACCACGUGGCUUACAUGACUUUGAACUUUUAUCACCUGCUGCCAAACGCUGCCAGCCAU